AUGACAGCGCGAAGGACAAAGAGGUUUGCCGGAGGUGCAAACGGAGUGGCCUUUACGACGUGGGGCGACGACGCCGGGGAUGUGCGCAAUGGGGUGUGGAUUGUCGACUGGGGCAGCACCCAGCAUGUCACGGCCGAUCGGAGCCAAUUCACGAGCUAUAGAGAGCUUGUGCGUGAUGAGAAGAUCAUGGAAUUUGUGGGCGACCGACGCGGGAGCACGAGUGGUGCUGGAGGGGAGAACCGCGCAGAUCGAGAGGACAAUGUGGUCCGUAUGGAGGCGGUCAAGCGUGGAGGACUGUGGGAGAAUGAGACCGUGGAGAAGCAAAGGGCAUUCCUUGCGAGGGGUCCGGUCAAGGAGAACCGGGAGUGCGCCACGGCAAAGAGGUCGGUAAGAGCGGAAAGCGUGGUGCAAAAGACGGUGAAGGUCGUGGAGGUCGACCUAGACGAAGCGGCGGCGACGAGAAUGGGGGCGUCGAAGGAGAGAGGGGAACUUUUGUGGGGGCGGACGAGGGGCCGCGCACAGAUUCAAAAAUGGUCGAAAAAGGGGCGGAAAUUGAAAUGGCGCGAAGGGGACGCGCACGGGCCCGCGACGGAUUGCGGCCACGUCGCGCGCACAAUUUCAAAGAAAGGCCAAAGUGGGCCGAUUGUGGAAACGAUGCGCGAAAUUGCGGAGAAGUCCGAGGAGAUUGGAAAGGGCAAGGAGAGCCCAAAGACGGCGGUAGAGAGCAAACCCGCCGGUGUGGAACGGGCAACGGAGAAGCCUAUAGUGAGUCCCAAGAGUUGGAAAGAUAUCUGGCGAGAGUGCGACUGGAGCCCGUCGAGUGGUAUCGGGCAAAUGUGGGAGCAGCAACGGAAGGCGUGGGAGCCGAAGAGCCGGAGCACGGAGUGGAGAAAACGUCGCCGGAAAAGAGCGACGAUGGCGAGAGUGGAGGCAUGUGGGUGA